UCUUCAACAUUUGAUUUUCAGAUUCUUAGAGGGAAGAAAAGAGAAGAUGUUGGAAGGAAAAGCAGUGAUAAAGGAAUCAGACAUGCCAGUGAAGAUGCAGAAGCAAGCCAUGGCUUCUGCUUCUCAAGCCCUCGACAUCUAUGAUGUUUCUGACUGCGUCUCCAUAGCGGCCCACAUCAAGAAGGAAUUUGAUGGGUUAUUUGGGUGUGGGUGGCAAUGUGUGGUGGGUUCAAACUUUGGUUGUUUCUUCACUCAUUCGCAAGGGACCUUCAUUUAUUUUGCAAUGGAGACCCUCAAUUUCCUCGUCUUCAAGGCACCCUCUUCUUCCCCUUCUUGAUGUUUACAUUGGAAGAGACAGACAUGAGACAACCACAUGGGUUGUCAUUCUCAUUCCUUUUUUGUAUGAUGAUAAUGCUUUUAGAAAUCGUUUUCUAUAAAUGGUAAGACUUUCAGAUAUUGUAAUUAUAGAUCCUAAAGGAUGGUUCUGUAAGCCUUCUACUGUAUUUCAGAUCAUGCAGUGAAAAGAAUAUGACAAGGUGAUGUUCACUA